CAACUCGCAGGCUAGACCCACCAUAUAAAAGACAGUCAGACAGACAAAAGCCAUACCAGAGAGACACAGCUGAUAUAAAGAGUGAGAAAGGUUCUGAGGCUUGAGAGAGGAUUCACGCAGUGUUUUGAAUAAGGACAGCGCAAAACUACUUCAUUUACACACUUAGUGCUCACUGUAUCUCUUCAAAGCUCUGACUGGAUAUCGAUUUGAAACCGUCUAAACACUAAUGAGUGCGACCAACUCCUCUGCCUAUCGAUCGGAGCGCAGUUUCCACCAGACGUCCUCCUCAUCUUCAUCUUCAACCUCAACAAACCCAUACAUGGAGAAGAGCCGGGGACUCUUUGCAGAGGACUUUGGAUCUUUCAUGUGUCCAAAAGAUGCUUUGGGAUUUCCAAACAGAACAGGGACAGUUGGAAACAUCAAGACUCUGGGAGACACAUACCAGUUCACAGUGGAUGUCCGAGACUUCUCUCCUGAGGAUGUGAUAGUCACCACCUCAAACAAUCAGAUUGAAGUACAUGCUGAAAAGCUUGCUACUGACGGAACAGUGAUGAACACGUUUACUCAUAAAUGCCAGCUACCAGACGAUGUAGACCCCACCUCGGUGAAGUCGAGUUUAGGGGCUGAUGGGACACUCACUAUUAAAGCACAGAGAAACACCGCAAAACUGGAGCACGCACAGACUUUCCGCACAGAGAUUAAAAUUUAGAUCUUUCCUCUCCCGCUCUAUCUGUUUUCCUGUGAUAAAUGACCUUGAUAAUAGUUACUUAGUCCUGCUUUGUCAUUCCUCCAUGACCUUCUCUCAUUACUUCUCGUUAGACUUGGGUGGAAUUUAAUCCUGUCACAUGUAUUCAAAACAUUUAAGACAAAUGCACUGCUAACGUCAAUUCCCUGCUAAAUACGUAUCACCUUACAGUGGGGUCCAAAAUUGUGGAGACCCCAAAGAACAUCUGUGAUUCUAAAUCCAAUUUUAAUCUGUAAAGAAACAGAGCAUUUUAGGAUUUUGAGAGUAUAAAAUAAAAUGCAUGUCUUUAAAUAAAUAAGAAGUGUCUCAAGUGUGCACUAUUCUGUCACGCAAUGUAAUCUAAUUUGUUAGGUUGAUCACAUGGUUGAUCUCUUUCUGCAGAUGCUCAGAUGUUCUUGCUUCCAUUAAAGCUCAAGAUUAUCUUUGAGUCAUUUAAAUCAUGGUGGUAAACAUGAUCAUCAGGCUUUAUACAGAUGUGUGAGGUUCAUGUAGUUUGAGUGUUGUUGUCAUGAAAUCAACAAGAGGACAAACCAAAUACCAAAAUGUUAACUUUUCCCUAAUAAUAUAAUUUGAAAUGCGUAAAAAAACAUUUUAGUAGUAAUUGUCCAAGACUUUUGGAGCUUGUUGUAUGACAAACGACUAAAAGAGAAACCCAUUAAUUGAACUGAUUCUUAUUCUUAUCAAAAGGUAUAUUUUCUAACUGUAAACCUGUGUCGUGUUGGGUGAUCUAAAAAUGAUUCUAGAAGAUAAUAAAACCAGAACACCACUGAUUAGUAUUUUAA